GCUAACUUUGAGUUCAGAGUUUCACCCCAAAAUCCCAAUUUCAAUUCCCCUUCUUCUCUCUAGGGUUUUCGCCGACUCCGACGCCUCCUUCUCACUCCAUCGCCGCCGUCCAUCUGCCGAGCACUCUCGCCGGAAUCUUGCCAAGGUACAUCCCUCUCAAUCCUCGCCUCCGUCUCUAAAGUUGGUUCCGCCAUGAAUGACCAUAAAAUUGCUGCAAUUGAAUUGAAAUCUGAGGCAGGAUUGGAUUAUUUCCCUCAAGAAAUCAUCUCCAAUAUCCUAAUUAGAUUACCUAUUAAGUCUUUGAUCAAAUGCACCUCUGUCUGCAAGUCUUGGAAAUCUUUGAUCCAAAACCCUAGCUUUAUUGAUACACAUCUUAGCCACAGAGUCAGUUGUAAUAACCAGAAUGGCACUCACCUUCUUCUAGUCCACAGUGUUUGUAGUAAAAGAUUUUGCAGCUUAUUCGACAGAGAUUUCGUUAGAGGUGAAAAGGAAGACCUUUACGCUUUGUACUAUGAUAACCAUGGAUUUGAUGAGUACUGCAAGAUUGAAUUGCCUAGUGAUCUUGAGGAAAUUAUGCUCAGUUCGUGUUUCCGUGUGGUCGGUACUUGUAAUGGAUUAGUAUGCAUUGUGGAUGAAUUAGGGUGUCAUGGUUGCAAUUUGAUCAUAUGGAAUCCUUGUGUAAGAAAGUUUGUAAAACUUCCUCAACCUGCUGUGCUGCACGGUGGGUGUGAAGCGUCUGUUGGCUUUGGUUAUGAUGCCACAAGCAAUGACUACAAGGUUGUGAGACUUGUCACACUUUCGGAUCAAUAUCAGAAUUUCCAUGAGUGGCCAACUCUAUUUCAGGUUUAUUCACUAGCCACGGGCUUGUGGAGCAGGCUUCGUUCUGAUCUUCCUCCGUGUCAAAUGUUUUGCUCCCCAGCCCAGGCUUUUGUGAAUGGGGCACUUCACUGGUCUGCAAUCCGCCGGACAAAUGAUGCUUUCAACUAUUUUGUUCUGGCUUUUGAUGUGGGCAGUGAGUUGUUUCGAGAGAUAAUGUUUCCAAAGAGUCUGAAAUGGGAUCCGUCGUUGGCUUUGCGAAUAUCUGUUGCUGGAGAUCGAAAAUCCAUCUCUAUCUUCACUGAUUGGCGAAAGAGUCAUUCCAAUUAUUUUCUUGAUAUAUGGGUACUGAAAGAGUACUGCAUUGAGAAUUCGUGGACCAAAUUGAUGAUUCUCAGUGCAGAAGUUCCACAAAGAAAUUUACCCAAGGCAUUGUGUUUCAGGAAGAUAGGUGAAGUUUUGGUGCUUGAAGACAGCUACGAACUAGUUUCACUUGACAUUAUGAGCAGAAAAGUUAAAACUCUUGGGGUUUAUGGAGGUCAGUAUUGCUCUGUUGAUUCUUAUGAAGAGAGCCUUGUAUUACUUGACAGGAAAUAUGGUGUUUCUUACUGAGGGAAAAAAACGGUUCGGCGAUUGUGUAUACCUUUUGUUUCCUAUUGUUUUUAGUUCCUUGUCCAAAUCACCAAAUGUAUAUGCCGCUUAUUCUGUAUGACCUAUGAACAUUGAAUUUUAUGACAGCAAUAAAGUUUGAUUUUCUGUAUGCGCUUUAAUACCUUUGCCAGUUAUAUAUUCAGGAUGAAUGAGCAAGCAUGAUACCUUUUCUUUGCUGUGCAAGUUUGGCAGUUGGUUCUGUACUUAGCUUCUGGUUGUUUUGUUGUCAAGAUAAUGUUGGUAAUGUUUCUCUCUUUCUCCUUUCUCCCCCCUCAUUUUCUUGUCUUAAAUUAUUGCCUUUCCUGCUUGUGAUGUCUCAUAAGACAAGUUUCUUACCAAAUUUUACUCAGCUUUGGUGUAAAGUUAAUUUGGAUUCAUUCACUGAUGAUAGAUGUUUGGAACACAAGGCUUUAAAAACAAAAUAGUAAUAAACAGAGUUAUAUUCCUCCUUGUAUAAGUGCUUUUAGUUUUCUGCUUUAUAUAACAUCAAGUUGGUGUGACCUUGGACCGUGCAACUCUUUUUGCUAGUGUACUAGUGUGGUUGUGUAACUGAUAUAACAUGUUACAAUUAGCUAUUGUAAUAGAAUUAUAAACCUGUUCACUACUUCAUACAAUUGAUGCUAGUCAUGCUACUUUCCAAUUUAGAUUUGAUUUAUAACAGUAGUUCAUUUUUAACUUUAGAUUUCUUUAUGUGAAGAAUGAAGAGGAAGUUGCAUGCACAACCUGGAGAAAGUAAUUGAAAGUGUUCAUUACUACUGAUAUCAACUAUAAUACUUUGCAUUGACUGACAUAUUUUGGGUUUUUGUUUGUCUAACCUUUUCUGCUAUUACAAAUGUUUAACAUACUAACAUGCUUUGUUAAAUGUUAUGAGACAAAUGACUGGUAGAUUUUUGAAACUCAAACAAAGUAUAUCUUUAUUUGAUGAAACUCAAAUGACUGAUACACAGAUUACAUUCUGUGCUGCUACUCAGGUGUACUUCUGACAUAAAUUAUUACGUCAUUAGGAAGCAAUUGCUUAUUUUGUGGGAUGAAUAGGCAUCAUAACAUAACCUGGUAUAUGAACUGAUAAAGUGAUACUUCAAAAACUACCAAUGUGGGAACUGGAAGAAGGACAAACUAAUUGUUGUAACUCUCAUUAUGCAAUAUCGGAAACAGUAAAUCUAUGUUUUGUUUUGUAAUAUUUACAUUGCAUCUCAAGGUUUUUAUUGUUGUCGAAGUAUACAUCACAUGCUUGGAAAUCUUGAGCAAAUUUCCAGGAAUUCUUUUUACUUGACCUUGUGAACAAAGGGUUCAAAAUUCUUGGGAUUGUGGAGGUCAGGUAUGCUCUGUUGACUAUUAUUAAUAGAGCAUUGUCUUGCAGAACAGGAAAGGUGCGGCUUGUUACUGAGGGCAAGACUAGGUGUGGUGAUAUGCAUAGCACUUGCUACCUCUGUUUUAUGUUCUCUUCUAGAGUUCUGGUUCAAAUGCAUAUGUGGCUAAUUUAUGUGACUUAAUUAUGACCAUUCCCUUUUAGCACAGGCAGAGAGUUUGAUAUUAUUUAUGCUGAUUAAUCAAUGUUUUGUUUUGUAAUAUUUACACUCUCAUUAUUACCUUCUUUGCCUUGCAAUUGGUUUGUUCUUUGCUUGCUCUGUGUUUUUCUGUCAACUAGCUGUUGGUAUUAUAUUAUAAGAUUUCCUGUAUUAGUGAUUUUCUUUCGCUUUUUGUAGUUAACCUGAAUGUUGCAAAGGAAAUUUUUACUAAGAAAGCAAAAAAAAAAAAAAAAAAAAAAAAAA